GUGAUGCAGAGUUGGCAGCAGUAGUAACUGCGAAUUGUAGCUAGUGGGAGAGUGCAUGUUAACGUGUCAACCAGGAGAACCAUAGAAUUGAGAGGUUAUUGUUUCUGCAGUGUUAUGUUAAUACCGUCAAUGUGCUGAAAUAUGGUGCUGGAUUUAGAUUUGUUUCGUCCGGAGAAAGGCGGUGACCCAAGAAAGAUACGAGAAAAUCAAGAGAAGCGUUUUAAAGAUGUGGCUUUGGUUGAUAAGGUUGUGGAGAAGGACGUCAUAUGGAGGCAGUUGCGCCACAAAGCUGACAACUUUAAUAAGCUGAAAAAUCUUUGUAGCAAGGAAGUGGGAGAGAAGAUGAAGGCAUUGGGAAGGAAGAAAAAUGAAAUAUCUAAUGAUACAAAUUCUCAGAAUAAUAGAGUAAAUAUAGCUUUUGGUGAUCUGCGUACUGAUGCUGGCAUGAGUGCUCUGAAUGAAUUUAUGUCUGAUAAGAGUUAUGUUGGUGGAUUUCUUCCAUCUCAAGCAGACACAUUACUGUUUGAAGCUUUCACGGCCCCUCCUCUUCAUUCUCACCCUCAUGCCUUGCGGUGGUUCUUACACAUACAAAGUUUUGGUGCUGACAGGAAAAAUUUUCCAAUUUCUGUUCAGCAGAGGAAGGAACCAGUUGAUGGUGAUGACAGUGUGUCAGAAAAUAUUCGGAAGAAUUUGGAUUCCCUUACAUCAGAAAUGUUGAAGCCGCUGACCGUAAUUCAGCUCAAGAAAGUGCGGGCCCUUGUCGAUGAAGCAGUCCAGCAGAAUGACCUGGAUCUGCAACAGACAGAGAAAGAAAGAAACGGUGCUUUGCGGGAAAUUGGCAACCAUCUUCACGAAUCAGUUCCUGUCAGCAAUGAUGAGGAUGAAAACCGAGUAGAAAGAACAUUUGGAGAUUGUACACAGAAGAAAACGUACUCGCACGUUGAUCUGAUUCACAUGAUAGAUGGAAUGGAUGGAGAAAGAGGAGCGAAUGUGUCUGGUGGAAGAGGAUAUUACUUGAUGGGUCCCGCUGUUUUCCUAGAACAGGCUCUAAUCCAGUUUGCGCUGAAAAUGCUCUAUGAACGUGCUUAUACGCCUUUGUACACCCCGUUCUUCAUGAGGAAAGAAGUCAUGCAAGAGGUGGCGCAGCUGUCACAGUUCGAUGAAGAAUUGUACAAAGUUAUUGGGAAGGGAAGUGAGAAAACUGAGGAUAAAGAUGUUGAAGAGAAAUAUUUGAUCGCUACUUCAGAGCAGCCUAUCGCGGCUUUUCAUCGCGAUGAGUGGAUUGCAGAACGCAGGUUGCCGAUUCGUUACGCCGGAAUUUCCACCUGUUUUCGACAGGAAGUCGGUUCUCACGGUCGAGAUACUAGGGGCAUCUUCAGAGUUCAUCAGUUUGAGAAGGUUGAGCAGUUCUGUUUGACGUCGCCGCACGACAACAAAUCAUGGGAAAUGAUGGAUGAGAUGAUCUCCAAUGCUGAGGGUUAUUACCAAGCAUUGGGUGUUCCAUAUCGCAUCGUGAACAUCGUGUCUGGCGCGCUAAACCAUGCCGCAGCUAAGAAGCUGGACCUCGAGGCUUGGUUUCCGGGAUCUGGAGCGUUCCGAGAGCUAGUCUCGUGCAGCAACUGUCUGGAUUAUCAGGCAAGGAGAUUAUUGGUUCGUCAUGGCCAGACGAAGAAGAUGAACGCUCAGACUGACUUUGUUCAUAUGUUGAAUGCCACAAUGUGCGCCACAACUCGAGUGAUUUGUGCCUUGUUGGAAGUUUACCAGACUGAAACAGGCAUCAGGGUACCAGAAGUACUUAAACCAUACUUACCAACAGUUUACCAAGAGGAGAUCCCGUUUGUGAAACCGGCACCCAUAAAUGAAGCCGAGACUAAGAAACAGAAGAAGCAGAAGGAAGGAAUGAAGAAAAAGGGUGCAGGAGAAGAAUGAUAAUGCAAUAUCAGCUGAGAGUAACUACAGGCAUCAUUUACCGUGAGAGUUAUGAUGGCGAAGCGGACACGUUUCUGUUCGUGAGUCCAGAAGUGAUAUUUCUACACCAGAAGUAGAAAUUUCAGAGUCGGAGUAAGACGCUGCUGUUGACAUGCAAACUCUGCAGUGGGUGGAAAAUAAGAAAAUCAUGUCUGCCAGGCAGCAGAAACAAAAAUGCUUUCUUAAAUUUGAGGUAUUGGCCACACUUCUUAUUUAUUGAGUAGUAAUCUAGAAAUUUCAUUUAUGGUUGUUGGUGGCACUGACUGCUGAGUCAGCAUCUGCAGUGUUUGGUUGUGCUUGUGUUGUGACCUUGAUUACAAGCUACACCCGUCUUGCCUCGGUGAUGGUGAACGUGUGAAACGAGCCGUUACAAAAUGUAACUGGUGAUGGAAUGUGGAUUACGCUGUAUGAUCGUGAGAGUAAGCAGCAGAGCACCCAUUGGGUGUCUUCAAGCUCACCAAGACCAUAAAAAGCUCGUGCCUCUUGAGCAGUUAAAGUUACAGUGUUAGUUUCCUUUUAUUGUCGUGGAAUGAUUCACACAUGCACGCGCAGCACCACCUAAAAUGACUGUCACUUUGGCUUACUACUGUUGAGUUCUCAAAACCCUUGUGGAUCACAUCAGAAGAAAAUGACCAUUUGAUAUUGGAUGGUUCAUCAUGACAAUGUCGGGCCAGAUGCUGCAAACAUUGAAAAGUAAAGGUGUUCAUUGCAUCCCCCACCCUCCCUAUAGCCCAGAUCUAGUGCCUCGUACCUUUUUAGCACCUUCGAGGACAGUGCUUCCAUUUUGCAGAUGCCGCAGUCAACGCUGCUGAGGCGAUUUUAAAGAAGAGGUCAAGAAUCGGCUUCAGCCACGUCUCUGACGAGUGACGAGUGUUUUUAGUUCAGGGGAGCCUAUUAUAAUUACUCAGAAUAAAGGAGGUUUUACAAAAAUCA